AUGCCACCAAGAAGGAGAAUCGACCGACCCGAUGCGACACUCCCAAGGCCCCCACUCCCAGCUUUGAAUUCCUCCAAGACCGAGAUAUUCUUGCAGAUCAGGGAGAGAGGACUCUUGAAGGCCCCAAACCUGAUGAAGGCACCGCGCGAGCUCACAGACCAUUCAAAGUACUGCCAGUUUCAUUACGAUUAUGGACAUAACACCGAGGAAUGUUGCGACCUCAAGAAUCAAACUGAAGAACUCAUACGCCGGGGGCAUCUAGGACACUACAUUAGGAGGCCAUGCAAAAGGUCUCCUUAUCCCUCCAGGCCAGUCGAGAAGCAAACUGACAUGAUCAGUGGCAGUCCGACGGCAGGAGGAGAUAACAUGGUGGGACGAAAGGCUUAUGCCCAAGCAGCCAUAGAGAAGAGCUUGAGGCAACCCCAAGUGCCCGAGAUCACCUUCUCGACAAGAGAGACCGAAUACCCGGAGCAUGACGAUGCGCUAGUCAUCUUGGCCAGGAUCGCCAAUGCUCGGGUUAAAAGGAUUAUGGUGGACACCGGGAGCUCCGCCAAUAUCCUAUACUUUGGUGACUUCCAAAAACUCAGCCUAACCAAGGAAGACCUCGCCCCGAGUCAAUCGGCACUCACCAGAUUUACAGGGGAUUCCAUCUCGUCCCUCAGCACGACAGUCCUACCGGUCACCCUGGGCGAGGGCCCGUAG